AUGGAUCCGGACCUGCUCGACGACGACGAUGGAAUGGGCAUGCUGAACUCCAUAUCCAUAGGCAACAAAGACAAGAAGAAGAAGAAGAAGAAGGAAAAGACGGAGACGUCGACACUGACGCCAACAUCCGAGAUCGUGACUGCGCCAGCCACCGCUGAUGCAGCCAGCACGACGACGGCGGCCAAGACCAGUCUGUCGGCAGACCAGCAGCCGAAGUUCAAGUGGGUGCCUAAGAAAGAGAGGGAGCGGCUAGAACAGGAGAAGCUAGAGAAGGAGGAACGAGAGAAGCGGCUCAAAGAAGAACAGGAUGCAGCGCGUGCGCGAGAGUGGCGCAGGGAGCUGUCGGCGAUCAAGCGAGGCGACUUCGCCGACGGCAAGGGCAACAACCGAAAGCGCGACAGAGACGAGGAGAGGCGAACGCCGCAGGAGCAGGUGGAGUUUGAUCGGAUGCGGGAGCGCUACCUGGGACCAGACCGUUCGAAGAGCACGUUCACGGUGAAGAAGAAGCGGCGGCGUGGCGCGCAAGAGUUCAAGUUUGGCUGGGACGAUGAAGAGGACACGCGCAACCUUGCAGACGAAAAGGCACGGAUGGACGCCGACAAGCAAUACAUUCCGCGGCUGACGAGCAAGAACAUGUUCAACGUCGACCACCGGGAGGAGCAGUUCGAGAUGGAGGCGCUGAAGAACGCAAACUACGUCAGGAAGACGGACAAGGAGCAGGGCGAGGAGCGAGCACGACAGAUCAUGGACGACUACUACCGCAGCCGCGACUUCCGGAAUCGAUCGCUGCGGAACAUGAAGCACUGGUCGGAGAAGAAGCUAGACGAGAUGCGGGAGCGAGACUGGCGGAUCUUCAAGGAGGACUUUGGCAUCGCGACACGCGGCGGCUCGAUCCCGGAUCCGAUGCGAAAUUGGCGCGAGUCUCCACUGCCGCCAAGGCUGCUGGACGUGGUGGAAGCGGUUGGCUACACGGAGCCGACGCCGAUUCAGCGGGCGGCGAUCCCGAUCGCACUGCAGGGCCGCGAUCUGAUCGGCGUAGCCGUCACGGGUUCCGGCAAGACGGCGGCAUUCCUGCUGCCGCUGCUGGUGUACAUCAAGGAGCUGCCGCCGCUGGACGAGAUCUCGAAGAACGACGGGCCGUACGCGCUGAUCCUGGCGCCGACGCGAGAGCUGGCGCAGCAGAUCGAGAGCGAGGCGCGCAAGUUUGCCACGCCGUUCGGCUACACAGUCGUCAGCAUCGUGGGAGGACACUCGCUGGAGGAACAGGCUUACGCGCUGCGCAACGGGGCGGAGAUCGUGGUGGCGACGCCCGGUCGUCUGGUGGACUGCAUCGAGCGGCGGCUACUGGUGCUGUCACAGUGCUGCUACGUGAUCAUGGACGAGGCGGACCGGAUGAUCGACCUCGGGUUCGAAGACCCGCUGAACAAGAUCCUGGACGCGAUGCCGACGGCGAACGAGAAGCCAGACACGGACGAGGCAGAGGAUGCGCGGGCGAUGACGCAGUACCUGGGGGGCAAGAUCCGGUACCGCGAGACGAUGAUGUACACGGCGACGAUGCCGCCGGUGGUGGAGAAAAUUGCGAAGCGAUAUCUGCGACGGCCAGCGAUCGUGACGAUCGGCAACGUGGGCGAGGCGGUGGAAACGGUGGAGCAGCGGGUGGAGUUUGUGUCGGGCGAAGACCGGCGCAAGAAGCGGCUGCAGGAGAUUCUGCAGUCGGGGCAAUUUGCGGCGCCGAUCAUCGUGUUUGUCAACAUCAAGCGCAACUGCGAGAUGGUGGCCAAGGAUGUGCGGCAGAUGGGCUUCACAACGGUGACGCUGCACGGCAGCAAGACACAGGACCAGCGCGAAGCGGCGCUGCAGGCGCUUCGGCAGGGCAAGGCGGACGUGCUGGUGGCGACGGAUCUGGCGGGCCGCGGUAUCGACGUCGCGGACGUGUCGCUGGUGAUCAACUUCAACAUGGCCACAAGCGUGGAGCAGUACACGCACCGCAUCGGACGUACCGGCCGUGCCGGCAAGAGCGGCGUGGCCAUCACCUUCCUCGGCGGCGAAGACUCAGACGUGCUGUACGACCUGAAGCAGAUGAUCUCCAAGAGCUCCAUCUCCAAGGUGCCCGACGAGCUGCGGCGACACGAGGCGGCCCAGCAGAAGCCGACCAAGUCGGCCAAGAGCGAUUUUGCCGGCAAGGGCGCGCAGUGGAACAGUUAG